AUGGCUCGUGUGAGAACCAAGACCGUGAAGAAAGCAUCUCGUGUUAUUAUUGAGAAGUACUACACGAGGCUGACAAAUGACUUUCACACAAAUAAACGUGUUUGCGAGGAGAUUGCAAUUAUCCCCAGCAAGAAGCUUCGCAACAAAAUUGCAGGGUUUGUUACACAUCUCAUGAGGAGAAUACAAAAAGGGCCUGUGAGAAAUAUCUCUAUUAAGCUGCAGGAGGAGGAAAGAGAAAGGAGAGACAACUAUGUACCUGAGGUCUCUGCACUUGAGAUGGAUAUCAUUGAAAUUGAUCCAGAUACCAAGGAGAUGCUGAAGGCUUUGGACUUUGAUAAGCUUCCACAUCUCCAGGUCACCCAGCCUACUGCCAGUUUUGUUGGAAGGCCUCCACCAGCUGGCUUGAGAACAUAG